AUGACAAUAUCUACUUUCGAUCACGUUACGGGGCGACUUAGACAGAUUGCGCGUCAUCUCGCCUUCCCUAAUUUUAUCCUUCUGCAGCUCGAAUCCAAAACAUCAAUCUGUAGUACGGACUACAGGGGAAAGAUGUUUAACUCGGUAAAUCUGGGCAACUUCUGCUCCCAGACGCGUAAAGACCGGACAUCCGAGUUUGGGGACAGGACGGGCUGUGCCUCCAACAUCUACCUCCCCAGCUGCACCUACUACGUUCCAGAAUUUUCCGCCGUCUCUUCGUUCCUUCCACAGGGCCCCUCGCGACAAAUCACGUACCCCUAUUCCACAAAUAUAUCUCAAGUUCAACCGGUGCGAGAAGUUUCUUAUGGUCUGGACCCGUCCAGCAAGUGGCACCACAGAACCAACUAUGCAUCUUGCUACUCAGGAGAAGACCUGGUGCAUAGAGACUGUCUUCCGCCAUCCACCAUGACAGAAAUGCUCAUGAAAAACGAGAGUGUGUACAGCCACCACCACCACCAGCAUCAUCAUCCGAACUCUAACCACCCCUCUACCGGUUUCUACGCCGGCGUAGGGAAAAAUAACGUUCUUCCUCAAGGUUUUGAACGCUUUUUUGAAACAGCUUAUUGUAGCACGGACAAUCAGUCAGAUCAUUGUUUACAAAAGAGCGAGAACAAAUUAGAGACUUCGUCCCACCAACCCGCAGAUGUUUCGGCAGAGCAGGAGCCGGAAAAGGACCAAGAGGAUGACGAGGAACAUACAAAUUCGGGCUCGUGUAAUUCAGCUACUACAAAGGACGGGAACGCGAGCAAGAGCAGCCAUUCGAGUACCCCGCGCACAAGAAAGAAGAGGUGUCCAUACUCCAAGUUUCAGAUUCGAGAACUGGAGCGAGAAUUUUUCUUUAACGUUUAUAUCAACAAGGAGAAACGGCUGCAGCUCUCCAGAAUGUUAAACCUUACUGACAGACAAGUCAAAAUAUGGUUUCAAAAUCGUAGAAUGAAAGAAAAGAAAUUAAGCAGAGAUCGCUUGCAGUAUUUCUCCGGGAAUCCGUUGCUGUAAUUGUUGAAAUUGUUCCUUUUAUUUUAUAUUUCAGAAAAGAAAAACAUUACAUAUGUAUAAUAUAUUCUCAACAAUUGAAUCAAAACAUUAUAAUAGGGUUUUAUAAAGGCCAUCAACAGCUCCCAAGUGUACGAAGCAUUUUUAACUAUUGGAAAUACUAUUGGAAAUACUAUUUCCAAUAUGAAAGAAAUGAUGGAGGGUAAGGAAAAUGAGGCAGAGAAAAAAAGAAAUGUCCAAAUAAACUGGCAUUUCUAGUUUGUGAUUCACAAACUGAAGUUACAUUUUGUAUGUGCAUGUCACGUCCUUUACGUAAAUUGUUCAAAAUACUUACUUUAAAAUGGUCACAAAAUAGCUUACUAUAAUAUACUUUUCUGGUUGUAUAUAUGUACAUUAAACACACACACUCACACACACACACACACACACACACACACACACACACACACACACACACACACACACACACUUGACUCGAACCUGGAGGUGUCAUACAUUAUAAUGUUUUUACCAUUUAGAACUGUGACUUGUACAAUCUGUAAUAAUGUAACCUUGUACAUGAAAUUAUGCAAUGUGCAUUCGUGACUGUAAAUAUAAUUUUAUUUGGAGUAUUCUCACGCUAUCCCUGCUGCUAGUUUUCUUUACAUUGCCUUUGCAUCCUUGUGAGCUUUGUUGUUCUUUUCUUUAAAUUAUUUUCUGUAUUGCUGUACGCCCGAACGUCUCCUGUUUUGCGGAGGUGAAGCUCAAUGAUCUGAUUUGGCCUGUGUACUACACGUAUCAAUAAAAAUAAACACAAAUAAUUGGGGGAAAAAAUGUUACAUUUAUGCUGUGACUUGAUUUCAAAGCAUUCAAACACAAUGACUCAAUAAAACAUGAAUACAAAUUUGGGAAUGUGUGUGACAAUGCAGAACCUGAGAAAAUACACAAAAUCACUGCUAAUUAAUGAUCGCUCUCUCGCUCUCUCUCUCUCUCUCUCUCUGUGGAUAUCAAUAUUAAGCUAUAGCUGUUAUUCUGCAGUUGCAACUGGCUAAUA